UGUUGCAGUGCCUGAAUUUCGUGCAAGGGAGGAUCUCAUUCGGCAACUUGAAAACUGUGUGCAGGAGCGGAAUGAAGUAAUUGACAAAUUAGAAACAAAUCUGAAAGUGGCUGAGAUGGCACUGACGUCAGCCGUUUAUCAGUUGUCAACGAAUAACUGCCAGCAAGCUGGUUUUAAUAGUGGCGAACUUCAUGCUUUCCAUAGUAUCUGGUCGAAGGCAUGCUUUCCUCUUAUCGCUUCCACAAGUAUCACCUCUCACUUUUAAGU